AUGGCUCCCGAGCGAGGCUUUCUCGUGCCCGAGAACUUCAAGGACGACCUUCCCAACGAAGAUGACAUGAACAUCGCCUCCAUCAUCUGGGGCCUGUCCCUGGGUGUCGUCGUCUUCAACUGCGCAAAGGCCUUUCGACAGGCAAAGUCGGCCAUCCACAGGAGGAAGCGGUUGACGACCUACGUGGUGCUCGUGUGGCUCGAGAUUAUCUCGAGUUUCAUCCUCGGCGUCAUGGUGUGGUUGUAUCUGCGCGGCAUCAUUCCUCCCAGCUUUCAGUUUUACUUCUUCAUCAUCGUCUUCUGGUCAACACAAGUGCAAUGCCUCAUUCAAAUCAUCAUCAACCGAGUCAGCCUUCUCAUGGUCGUCCGCGCCAACGGAACGAGGCUCAAGUGGCUCUGCUUCCUCAUCCUCCUGGCCAUCAACAUCAGCGUCUUUUGCAUCUGGGUGCCCGCCCGGCUCCAGAUCAACGACACCUUUAUCCACAUCAACGAGAUCUGGGAUCGCUGCGAAAAGGUCAUCUUUGCCGUCAUGGAUGCCGCCCUCAACUUUUACUUUAUCUGGGUUGUCAAGAAGCGUCUCAUUUCCAACGGUCUGCAAAAGUACAACCGUCUGUACCAGAUGAACUUGUUCCUCGUUGCUAUUUCUAUUGCUCUUGAUAUCCUCCUCAUCUGCAUGAUGUCUCUGCCCAACAGCUUCGUCUACGUGCAGUUCCACCCUCUGGUCUACCUUCUCAAGCUACACAUCGAGAUGAACAUGGCCGACCUUAUCGGCAAGGUUGUCCGUGCCAGCAACAACCAGGACUCCAACGACUACAGCUCACGAUCCCGCACCACCGGCAAGAGCGGCUCCAGGCCCACGCACGCCGGCCGCUUCGGCGCCACCCUGACCAGGACGCACAUCGAGCUCGGCGAGGAGGACGAGAUGGAGCUCAAGGAGCGCCAGAACCUCGAGGGCAUCAAGAAGACGGUCGUGACCGAGAUUGUGAGGACCGGCCCGGGACACGGCGGACACGAGGACGACGACAUCCCCGAGCACCACGAGAGGGCCGUCAGCGAGGCCAGCUCGACAAAGGCUCACCAAGAGCCAUACAGCAUCGAGCACGCGCGAUAA